CGCCUGCCAGACAUUCGUCCGUUAGGAGAUCGGUGCCAUUCGGGCGAGAAAAUAUCAUCUCUUAUUCUACUCUUGUAUCCCCAUUCUCACAACCAUGGUCGUCCUCGCAGCGUCCAUAUGCACCCGCGGGGGCAAGGCCGUACUUUCGCGCCAAUUCCGAGAGAUUGCUCGCUCCAGAAUCGAGGCCUUGCUCGCAUCCUUUCCAAAACUGGCCGACUCCGGGACUCAGCAUACGACUGUUGAACAAGACAAUGUCCGCUUUGUCUACCAGCCUCUGGACGAGCUAUACAUCGUUCUGAUUACGAACCGCCAGUCGAACAUCUUGCAGGACAUCGACAGCCUUCACCUUUUCGCCCAAGUCACCACCAGCAUCUGUAAGAGUCUGGAUGAGAGGGAGAUUCUGCGCAAUGCCUUCGAAUUACUGAGUGCCUAUGAUGAAUUGGUGACUCUGGGGUACCGAGAGAACCUGUCUCUUUCUCAGAUUAAGACCUUCCUGGAAAUGGAGAGUCACGAGGAGAGAAUUCAGGAAAUCAUCGAAAGGAACAAAGAACUCGAGGCCAGCGAGGAGCGCAAGAGAAAGGCCAAGCAGCUGGAGAUGCAACGGAAAGAGGCCGCCAAAACCGGUCGCUCUAUGGCCCCCCGGACCCCUUCUUAUCCCGUCUAUACACCACCCUCCCGACCUGCUGUGCCUGAUACCUACGACUCCUACGAGGCGGAGAAGAAGAAAUCGUUCGCUAAACCGUUACCGACCCGCGGUAAGGGCAUGCAACUCGGCAAGAAGUCCAAAACCACCGAUAUUUACGAGAAAGUGCGCGGCGACCUUGGCCCAGAGGUCGAAGAGUCCAGCCCCUUGGUGACACCACAAGCUUCUACUCCGGUCGGCGACAAGGUGUCCUCUGCUCGUGCUUCGCUGUCUACAGACCGGGAUCCUGUCCACAUUACCAUUGCGGAGACUAUCUCUGCCACGCUUACUCGAGAGGGUGCACUGAAAUCCUUCGAGGUCAAGGGCGAUCUGCAACUUCGGAUCUCCGACCCAUCUUUCACCAAACUCAAACUCGACCUCCUCGCCAACCCCACGCAUGGUGCGCAGUUCCGCACCCAUCCUAAUGUCGACAAAGCUGUCUUCACCAACUCUUCCGCAAUUCAGUUGAAAGAUACAUCCAAAAGAUUCCCAGCUAACAACUCGAUUGGUGUACUGCGCUGGCGUGUCGCAAGCUCUGGAUCUGACAACGCUGAUAUCCUUCCUAUUACAUUUACCGUUUGGGUGAACAAGGGCUCUGACUCCACUACGGUUACAGUCGAGUACGAGCUCACUGGCUCUGAUACUCUGCGUGAUGUUAUUGUCACUAUACCAUACGGCGCGACAGAACCGGCAGUGUCCAGCUUCGACGCCGUUUAUGAAGUAUCUGGAGAUAGUCUGGACUGGAACAUCGGUACCGUGGAUGAGAGCAAUGCAUCUGGCAGCUUUGAAUUCGAGUCUACGGGCGACGGGGAUGAGAAUGAGUUCUUCCCCAUGAGCGUGCACUUUGCAAAGUCCAGUCCUUUUGUUGAGGUUGACGUAACCGAUAUCUCUCUGUUGGAGAUGGAGGGCGAGAGUACUGGAUUCUCCAAGGAUGUGAAGAGCGUCGCUGAGGGAUAUGUUAUCGAGUAAUUCUUUUCACGUCUCCGUUGCUUGGGUGUAUAGAGUACUAAUGACGUUCGGACCGCCCACUUGGGGUUUCUGCGAGUUGUUUCUAUGCUUUCUGACCAGGGUCUUUACCCGUGUGAUUCUCCAAUUUAAGCCGAUUUUGCCGAUUUGUAUCCAUUACUCAAUUAUUCCUUUUCCUGUCAAACGUUUUCGCCCGGGGAGGAAUGUUUUGGGAGCCGGAAUCCCUUAUUAACCUAUAGGCAUCCCCCAGCACCAGCGCCACUGCCUGCCCAU